GUCAAGGUCGGUCAAAAUGAUUCCCUAGAUCAGAACGCAUUCUUUGGCAUCAUCGAUCAUAAAAUGUGUGGCCGUAAGAAGUGUUGUUGUGGAAUGUUCAGGAAUCAUCAGAAAGGUUUGAUGCUAUGAUGUGGUGAGAGUGAAGAUGGCUACAGUUGAUGACAGUGACGCUGCUGUUGCAAAUAUCCUAUUAGAAGAAGGAAAAUAUCAAGAGGCUUUGGAGCUUGCACAAAAAGCAGUCGAAUCAAGCCCAAAGGAUGCCAGAGCUUAUUUAGCAAAAGGAACUGCAUGUUUUCAUCUCGACAAGUUCCCAGAAGCAAAAUCUGCAUUUAUUGAAGGUCAGAAGCUGGAUGAUUCUAAUGCUGCCUUCAAGACGUGGCUAAGGAAGUGCGACGCUGAGCUAGAUUUGGCGAAGAAAGAGAAUUCAGGUGUUGGUUCAAGCUCAGGAAGUGAUGAAAAACCAAAACCACCGCCAAUGCCAUCAGGACAAAAAACAAGAUAUGAUUGGUACCAGACAGAGACACACGUCAUUGUAAACGUCAUGCUGAAAAAUGUGAAACAGGAAGAUUGUAACAUCAAUAUUCAAACCAGAACAUUCAGUGCCACUGUGAAGCAGCCAUCAGGAAGUGAAUACAGCUUAGAGUUAGACCUGGCUCAUGCUAUCGAUCCAGAGAAAUCAUCAACUCAAAUCUUAAAACCAAAAAUUGAGGUCAAGUUGAAGAAAGUGGAUGGUAUCCGAUGGACUGCCUUAGAGGGAGAGCCCGAGAACAUCAAACAGUUCACACCAGGGUCAACAACAACAACAGGCAGUUCCACCAAAUACCCAUCAGCGAGCAAGAAAGACUGGGACAAGAUAGCAGCGGAGGUGGAGGAAGACAAGCCAGAGGGAGAUGCUGCACUCAACGAAUUAUUCCAAAAAAUAUAUGCUGAUGGGGGCGAUGAUGUGAAAAAGGCAAUGCAAAAAUCUUUUUUUGAAUCUGGAGGUACGGUAUUGAGCACAAACUGGAACGAAAUUGGCAAAGAAAAAGUUGAAGUCAAACCACCAGAUGGUAUGGAGUUCAAAAAGUGGGAUGGAUAGCAUAUGGACUCUUUUUGAUACAAACUAGUGAUGACAGUUGUAGAGGCUCAACCUGGACAACUACAUGGAAGGCACUACUUUACUUGUACAGACAAGCAUGAAAAAUGGAAAGAUAUAAGGAAUUCAGGAUGCACAAACUCUUACUCUUUGUAAUGAACUUUAGAGCAGAAAUAGUGCUUUCACUUUCAAUUAGAAUAUCUCUGUCAAAACAUCAUGGAUGAAGACAUAAUAUGCAUUAUAUAGAUUAUGGAUGUAUGUUCUGUGCAAUGCAUCGGUUACUGAGUGCUUGCACCGUUUUGACAAUCAUGGUUUGCAAGUUAUAGUUUUGUUCCCAUCCUCUAGAUAGCAUCACUUGAGUAUCAACAUUUUGUACGAUGUUCUGGUCUCAUGAUGAGUUAUCAAUGAAUUAUCAAUGAAAAAUAAAUGUAUAUUCAAUAA